AAGUGCACGCGCGUUCGUUUCUUACGACCGUGGAAUUCCUUUUUCAAAUUUUUGCUUCUAUUUUUUCGCGCAUUCUAAAACGUUCGAUCUACUCGUCAAAAUUGUGCGUCUACCUUCGUCAAUCAUUUGAAAUAAAAUUUCAAAAUUCGAAUUGUUUUAAGGUGAUGUGUUUUGUUUACGUUAUCGAUGGUUUGAACUAGUUCACAUAAAAAAGACAAUGCACUUAACCGUUACAACGUAAAUCAGACAGUUAAUUUGCAUGCAAGUAAUUUGAUACGAACAGGUGGCGGUUAAAGUCGAUAAUAUUUGUAAACUUCGAUCGUAAUUCGUGACCGGUUUGUUGUGUAACUUUAGAAAAUAUUUAAAAAAAAGUGUUAAUUCGCAGGGAACAACCUUUAGUAGUGUUGUGAUCGAGUUUCGUAUGAAAGUAUGAUUCAGUGUUUAUGAGAUGCGCGGGCGCGUGCCGAAUCGAUUUUUAGUGUUAAGUGAUCGUUAGUGUAGCAAUGAGUGUUCCUAAUUUAAGCGCUGAUCAGAUAACAGAGAUCGAGGCAGCGGAGGCUUGCAAAUGGCUGAGAGCUGCCGGUUUCCCGCAAUACGCCCAGAUGUACGAAGAUCUACAGUUCCCAAUCGACGUAUCAGGGGUACAAAACGACCAUCCUUUCCUCGACGCAGAUUCCCUCCAAUCUCUCUUCAGACGACUGACAGCACUGAACAGAUGCGCAAACAUGAAACUAGAACAUCAUCACCAUCAGAAGAGAUCCAACGACUCUGACGACGAGCAAUGCGCUUUAAGUGAUAAAUGGCAAUAUGAGAGGAAAUCGAGGAGAUGGUCCAGGGUGGUGGAAAUAACUCCACAGGCGCAGAGAAGGUUACAGGUGAUAGCGGCACGUGCAUUAGCUGAGCGAGAAGCGAGAGAAGCGCGAGGUGAGGUUGAAGAUGAUGAAGAUGAGACCUUACCUACAAUAAGAGUGGGUCUAGUGGACGCUGAUGGACACUACACUGACGUUGAACCUGAUUUGUUAACCGUGUCAGGACAACCAACACACAUUCAGUUACCGAGCGACAAAGAAGAUGAAGAAGAAACGGGUACCAGAUUCAGGCGGACUGGGUCAGAAAGACUACGCGAUGGCGCGAAAGCUUUAUUAAGAAGGGUUGAAUCAUUGAAAACAAGGAGAAGAAAACGGCAAAAUAGAACUGAAGUUAUAGUUUCGUCACCACAUUUUCUGGAUGUCCAGCAGGAUAAAUACGCAGAUUUAAAUUAUAUUGACAUGACACCAACAACGCCUACUGCAUUUCCAUUUCCUGAUUUCCAUAGCUCUCCAAUCCAUGCUCCUGCUAUUCGUACCCAACCUCCGUCCCCUAUGACAAUAAUGCCACCUUCUCCUAUAGCCCCUCUUGAGCAAUCGUUUGUGCUACACCCCCCAUUUGGUGAUGAUAGUUCAAGUUACGCUUCAGAUAACAGUAUGGGUUCAAGCAAUAAAAGUUCUAAGUCAAAAUUGGGAAGAGCGAAAAGAAUAUUCCAUCGAGGCCUAAAAAGUGAUGAUUCGAGUGCUCUUAGCGAUUCAGAGUGCCAACCGGCGAGCUGGAGGCACAAUUAUUAUAAGGAGCAUAAUAUUCAUCAUCAUAAUACAGAGGUAUACGUAGAACCACCAUCACCGGUCGAACUUAAGGCAGAUCCAGAGAUUCUACGAGAAGUUCAGAAAUCACCAGCGCACACACCACAUCGCCGGCAAGCUAUUAGGACAAGCUCAUUAAAUUUGGGAAAAGAUGGACAAAAGUUUCGAGAUAGAAGCUUAAAAAGAGAUAAAUCUGCGUCGAGGAGUUCAGAACUCGAUAGUAGUCCAAACUCAGCUGGAUCUAGAUCGCAAGAUGGAGAUCAAGACGAUGAUGAUGAUAGCCUUGACAUCAAAACCAAGAAAAACAAUAUUCAAAGGUGGUACUCAUUUAGGACAAGUGCUCUCAACGGUGGACCCAAAGCAAAUAACACGCUGCAACCUGCACCAAACCAGAAAAACCCUGAAACCUAUUUGUCCCGUCCAAUGUCUUCUUUGUCUUGUGGUCAACUGCAUAUCCUUAGGAAACUGGCGUUGUUGAGACUAACUGCUUGCAUGGAAAGGUACUGCCCUUCACACAAGUCUGGGUGGAACUGGGAACUACCUAAACUUAUAAGGAAAAUUAAAACACCUGAUUAUAAAGAUAAAACAGUUUUCGGUGUACCUCUAACCAUAUCAUUACAGAGGACAGGUCACUCUUUACCAAAACCAAUACAGUGUGCAUUGAACUGGCUUAAGCAUAAUGCUUUAGACCAAAUGGGAAUAUUUCGGAAGGCAGGCGUAAAAUCCAGAACAGCAAAAUUGAGAACAUGCGUUGAAUCAGCCGGUGCAGUCAACGCUGCAUUUGCCAUAGAGAACAUGAACACCAUUGACCCGAACCAAUCCAGCUUAAGCUUCGAAGGUGCUCAGGCGCAUGAUGUCGCGGACAUGGUUAAACAGUAUUUCAGAGAACUACCAGACGCAUUACUGACAAACAAACUAAGUGAAACGUUUAUUGCUAUAUUUCAACAUGUUCCGGAACCAUUGAGGCCUGAUGCUGUCCAGUGUGCAUUGCUUCUUCUGCCUGAAGAGCAUUUAGAGGCAUUACAAUCACUGUUGAUAUUUUUAUCAGAGGUGGCUGAACAUUCUGCUGUUAAUCAAAUGACAGCCUCCAAUCUGGCGGUUUGCUUCGCACCGACAUUGUUAAGGCUACAUCACACUACACCACAUACUGGCAGCACUAAGGAAGGCAACUCGAAUAGGAUGAUAAUUGAGAGCGUUGCAGACCAGCGACAGAUUAGCGAGUCACGCGCCGCACACGCUUGUCUGCUGCUCCUCAUACAACAACACCGUCAGCUGUUCCUAGCACCUGCUGACAUGCUGGCGCGAUGCAAGUUCAACUACUUCGAGGAAAGUGUGCCAGUUGCACUCGAAGAAUUGGGAGCAGAUUUCAACCAAGACUGGAAGGGUUUCCAGUACGCCUGCAUCCAAGCUUUACUUAAAGAAGCCAAAGAAAAAACACGAGGCUGGAUGUCAGUAUCGGGAGCAGCUCCUCACGUUGAGCUGUGUUGUAAGAAAGUUGGGGACGGCCACCCACUGAGAUUGUGGCGUGCGACCACCGAUGUAGAAGCGCCGCCGCAGGAGGUUAUGCAAAGGAUACUCCGCGAGCGGCACAUAUGGGAUGAUUCUCUAGUGAAGUGGCGGGUGGCAGAGAAAUUGGGCCCGAAUGCCGAAGUGUUUCAGUACAUCACAGCUUCUAGCUUUAAUUUGGCGACGAGGGAUUACUGCGUGUUACGGUCGUGGCAGCAGGGCGGCGGCGGCGGCGGCGGCGGCUGGUGCGCGGUGGCCGAGACGUCGGUGGCGCACGGCGCGGCACCGGCGGCGGGCGCGCGCGGCGUGGUGCUCGCGUCGCGCUACCUGGCGCAGCCCGCCGGCAAGGGCCGCAGCCGCCUCGUGCACCUGGCGCGCGUCGACACCAUGGGCCGAACUCCAGAAUGGUACAACAAAUGCUACGGCCACAUUUGCGCUUUGUACUUAGCAAGAAUUCGAGCCUCGUUCAAGCAUAAUACAGAAGGACCUGAAUCGAAUGUAUGA